UAUGCUAUACCCAAAAUUCCAUUAUGUGAAGGUAGUCGUCGCAGCUGGGUGUAUCGCCAAUAUACUGUAUAGUGGCUGAAUGCAAUUGCUGUUGGUUAUAUGGAGAGAUGCUUUGGUAGAAGUUUCUUGGGUAUCGGCCGGGCAAAUACAACCAGUAACAAAUAUCAUUCGCCAGUGCUGACUAACAUAAUUGAUUAACCAAGUCGACACACACAAUAGCAAAUUGAUCAACACGGUGGUGUAUAGUCGUCAGUAUGAGCUACAACUGCUUGUAUGAGGUGAUCAGAGUUUCGGCUUGUCGGUAGCAGAGCCCGCUACAUCGGAGUGGUGUCAGGUUUUUGAGUCAACGUUUUUCAAAUUCCGGUGAACUAUAAUCCAAUUUUGCUUUAUAAAAGUAGGAUGGAAAGCAGAGCUAUACUUUUUCUUGAUGGAAAUUACACUUUUAUCCUAAAUUUGUUACUUAUUAUCAUGAAACAAUCGAAUAUGGCAAAGGCCAUCGAUCAAAAUCGACCUUGGCAUAUUCUACCGGAACAACAAGUCCUUGCUGCAUUGGAUACCAAUACUACCACUGGACUUAGCACUGGUGUAGCAGAAAAGCGAGCCAUUGAUUGCGGUAAAAAUGUCCUUGGCGGAAAUGGCGGAAACGGUUGGUUCAGGGUACUCGUUCGUCAAUUGGCGGACGCCAUGAAUUGGGUCUUUCUUGCUCUUGGUGCUGUGUCCUAUGUGCUAGCCGACUACAUUACUGGAUCCAUUUUGGUGACCCUUUCCUUCGCCAAUCUUUAUCUUUCAUUCUCACAAGAAUAUGCUGCCGAACAAACGCUCGCUGCACUGAGAAAUCUUUCUUCACCUACCGCGAUGGUUAUUCGCGAUGGAAGAGAAGUAACCAUUGACAGUAGAGAUCUGGUACCUGGAGACAUCUUAACAAUGAAGGAAGGCGACUCUAUUGCCGCAGACAUUCGAAUGGUCUACGUUUCGAACUUUGAAGUGGACGAAGCUCUGUUGACAGGAGAAUCAAUGCCGGUCAAAAAGACUAUUGAAGCAGCUGAGGCUGAAGAUCAACCGCUCGGGGACCGUGUUGGAAUGGGAUACAGUUCGACCAUUGUCACAAAAGGAAGAGCGAAAGGCAUUGUUGUGGCGACCGGUAUGAACACCGAAAUUGGCAAAAUUGCUAAAACAAUCGAAGCAUCUGGAAACGGAGAUACCACUCGGCUUCAGCGCACACUCAACAAGAUGUACAUUGUACUGCUGGUAGCUGCUGCUAUUGCCGCAAUCAUUGUGCUUGCUAGCAACAAGUUUGUGGUUAGUUACGAUUUGGCCAUGUAUGCUAUCACUGCUGCCCUUUCAGUACUCCCUGCCGGUCUAACGACCGUUCUUACCAUCUCCCUUGUGCUCGGUGGACAAGAAAUGACAAAGCAACGGGCCAUUGUUCGUAAACUCAAAUGUUUGGAAACCCUCGGCUCUAUCACUCACAUCUUCUCGGACAAGACUGGAACGCUCACACAAGCUAAAAUGGCUGUCGUACGAUUUUGGCUCCCUUCAACUGGAUAUUAUUUUGUCACGACUAAAGGAAUAGUACCCGAAGGCGACGUAUAUGCUACAAACACCUUUUUGGAAGAUCAACCCACCAGCUCACCGAAUUCUACAAAAAUGGACAAGUCAAACAUCUCUGCUGACUUGGAACAACUUGUCAAAUGCUCUGCACUUUGCAACAUGUCCAGCAUUCACCAGGAAACCGAAAAAGAAAAGAGUGCGGAUUCAUGGGUGGCUAGUGGAGCCCCGACGGAGGUUGCUUUGCAAGUAUUUGCUCAUAAAUUCAAUAUGGGCUGCCCUCAGCUUGAACGCAUGGGAUGGAGAUUGAUUCACGAGUAUCAGUUUGACUCCACCAUCAAGCGUAUGUCCAUCCUCUACGAAGAUACUAGCAACAAGCAGCAUAUUGUAUACACUAAAGGAGCGGCCGAACGCAUCGUCACCUUAUGUAACUUGGAUCUCUCUACGCAAACCGAAAUUCUCAGCCAUGUUGAUGCCUUGGCUACGAAAGGCUUACGGGUUAUGGCCAUGGCCUAUAAGCAAGUUAUCAUGGACCAGGAUAUCAUUGAUAAUAUCAAUCUUUAUUCACGAGACGACAUGGAAAAAGACCUUGUUUUCAUUGGCUUAACUGGUAUUUACGACCCUCCUAGAGAAGAGAGCAGAAAAGCAGUCGAAGAAGCCCACACAGCAGGCAUUUCCGUCCACAUGCUUACUGGUGAUCACGAAGCCACUGCUGUUGCCAUUGCCAAGGAACUGAGAAUUUUGAACGUCCACGAAAUGUCGACUGAACAGAUCACAAACCUAGUCACCACUGGUCCUAAAUUCGAUGCCCUUAGCGAUGAAGACGUCGAUAAACUGGAGGCCUUACCUUUGGUAGUCGCUAGAUGCUCACCAGAAACCAAGGUUAAAAUGAUCCAAGCUUCCCAUCGUCGACAAAACAUUGCGGCUAUGACGGGUGAUGGUGUUAACGAUUCUCCUUCUCUCCGUAUCGCUGAUAUUGGAAUUGCCAUGGGCAAGAAUGGCUCUGACGUUGCUAAACAGGCCUCCGAUAUCAUUCUGACUGACGACAACUUUGCUACCAUCAUUAGUGCCAUCGCCGAAGGUAGACGAAUCUAUCAAAACAUGCAACGGUUCUUGUUGUACUAUUGGAUCUGCCUUGCCGGAUGUGCUCUGAUCAUCCUGAUCAACUUGUUCGUGAAAGACACAGAUGGAACUCCUGUCGCGCCCAUAUCGACCAUCCAGAUGAUCUGGAUCUAUGUCAUUUUGUCACCACCGGCUGCUGCCUUGUCCGUACAGAAAGCUUCGCCAACCGUCAUGCAGGAGCCACCAAGACCGCCUACCGAAUCUGUGUUCAACCGUGAAAUCAUCCUCGAUACCCUGGUAUACGGCAUUGGUAUUGCAGUGUUCACGUUGGGCGUAUUUUACAUUGUUCUUUUCGGAGCUGGUAAUGGCGUGCAAGCACCAAGCUGUGACUCCCACUACACAGACGGCUGCUAUGACUUCUAUAGAGCCAGAAGCGCCAUGCUUGUCACUUUUUCGUACAUCAGCUUGGUCUUGGCUAUCCACUGCAGAAGUUACCGACGCCCAGAAUGGAAUCUUCGCGGAAUUAAAGAGACCGUGCACACUACUACCUGGGUAGGAACCUGUGCCUUUAUAACCAUCGGCCUGUUGAUAUUCAUUUACGUCCCUACCGUCAAUAUUCAAGGCUUCAGACAAGCUGCUAUCAGCUGGGAAUGGGGCUUGUGUAUUGCAUUUAUUCUCCUUUGGAUUGCAUUUGGCGAAGGCUACAAGAUGAUCAAGCGUCACGUCAUGAAGCCAAUCCAUGGUGCUCCACACUCCACUGUAUAAAAAGCAUACUCCAGUAAUUAGCCAUAUGGUAUUAAUUUGUAUUUAAACAUUCCCUGUCUAUUUUACCAUAAAUCAUGAUGAUCCCAGCAAUAAAGUUGAAGCAACGUCCUUUGUGUGAUAGCGCGCAUGGGUUCUACUAUGAGUGCACGGUCGGG